AUGCCCGCCUCGCCGCCCCAUUGGACCUCAUCCUCCCCCUGCACGGAUGCCGAUGGCCGGACCCCUCCCCAGCAAGCCUCCCAGGGCCCCGGCACCCCCAUCGGCAGCCUGCCCCAGUCAGAUUCGGAGGAAGAGCGGUGGCAGCGCUCAGGGAUGCGAAGCCGGAGCCCCCCGCGGUCCCGGUGGUGCUCGAGGGAUGGGUCCUCACAAUCAGACUCAGGAGAGGAGCAGUCACGGGGCCAGUGGGCUCACCGGCGACGGCGUGCGCGCUCCUGGUCACCUAGCUCCUCAGUGUCCAGCUCUGCGUCUCCACGGCGAUCCCAGAGCCCCCGGGCGGCCGCGGCCGCCCUGAGCCAGCAGCAGAACCUGCAGGAGCGGCUGCGCCUGCGGGAGGAGCGGAAGCAGCAGGAGGAGCUGAUGAAGGCCUUCGAGACGCCCGAGGAGAAGCGCGCACGGCGGCUGGCCAAGAAGGAGGCCAAGGAGCGCAAGAAGCGGGAGAAGAUGGGCUGGGGUGAGGAGUACAUGGGCUACACCAACACCGACAACCCCUUCGGAGACAACAACCUGCUGGGCACCUUCAUCUGGAACAAGGCCCUAGAGAAGAAGGGGAUCAGCCACCUGGAGGAGAAGGAGCUGAAGGAGCGGAACAAGAGGAUCCAGGAGGACAACCGACUGGAGCUGCAGAAGGUGAAGCAGCUGCGACUGGAGCGGGAGCGCGAGAAGGCCAUGCGCGAGCAGGAGCUGGAGAUGCUGCAGCGUGAGAAGGAGGCGGAGCACUUCAAGACGUGGGAGGAGCAGGAGGACAACUUCCACCUCCAGCAGGCCAAACUGCGCUCCAAGAUCCGCAUCCGUGACGGGCGGGCCAAGCCCAUCGACCUGCUGGCCAAGUACAUCAGCGCCGAGGAUGACGACCUGGCCGUGGAGAUGCACGAGCCCUACACGUUCCUCAACGGCCUCACCGUGGCCGACAUGGAGGACCUGCUGGAGGACAUCCAGGUCUACAUGGAGCUGGAGCAGGGCAAGAACGCCGACUUCUGGCGGGACAUGACCACCAUCACCGAGGACGAGAUCUCCAAGCUCCGCAAGCUGGAGGCCUCGGGCAAGGGGCCAGGUGAGCGCCGCGAGGGGGUCAACGCCUCCGUCAGCUCCGACGUGCAGUCGGUGUUCAAGGGGAAGACAUACAACCAGCUGCAGGUCAUCUUCCAGGGCAUCGAGGGCAAGAUCCGCGCUGGGGGCCCCAACCUGGACAUGGGCUACUGGGAGAGCCUCCUGCAGCAGCUGCGUGCUCACAUGGCGCGGGCCCGGCUGCGCGAGCGCCACCAGGACGUGCUGCGGCAGAAGCUGUACAAACUGAAGCAGGAGCAGGGCGUGGAGAGCGAGCCGCUGUUCCCCAUCCUCAAGCAGGAGCCUCAGUCCCCCAGCCGCAGCCUGGAGCCUGAGGACGCGGCGCCCACCCCGCCCGGGCCCUCCUCGGAGGGCGGCCCCGUGGAGGCCGAGGUGGACGGUGCAGCCCCGACAGAGGGCGACGGCGACGGUGAGGGCGAGGGCGAGGGCGAGGGCGAGGCGGUGCUCAUGGAGGAGGACCUGAUUCAGCAGAGCCUGGAUGACUACGACGCUGGCAGGUACAGCCCGCGGCUGCUCACGGCGCACGAGCUGCCACUGGACGCGCACGUGCUGGAGCCGGACGAGGACCUGCAGCGCCUGCAGCUCUCGCGCCAGCAGCUCCAGGUCACGGGAGACGCCAGCGAGAGCGCCGAGGACAUCUUCUUCCGGCGGGCCAAGGAGGGCAUGGGCCAGGACGAGGCGCAGUUCAGCGUGGAGAUGCCGCUCACCGGCAAGGCCUACCUGUGGGCCGACAAGUACCGGCCACGCAAGCCGCGCUUCUUCAACCGCGUGCACACGGGCUUCGAGUGGAACAAGUACAACCAGACACACUACGACUUCGACAACCCGCCGCCCAAGAUCGUGCAGGGCUACAAGUUCAACAUCUUCUACCCCGACCUCAUCGACAAGCGCUCCACGCCCGAGUACUUCCUGGAGGCCUGCCCCGACAACAAGGAUUUCGCCAUCCUGCGCUUCCACGCGGGGCCGCCCUACGAGGACAUCGCCUUCAAGAUCGUCAACCGCGAGUGGGAAUACUCGCACCGCCACGGCUUCCGCUGCCAGUUUGCCAACGGCAUCUUCCAGCUGUGGUUCCACUUCAAGCGCUACCGCUACCGUCGGUGAUGCCCUGGGGAACGGCAGGCCAGGAGGGCCGAGGGCCACACGGAUGCCACAGCCCAGGUUGGAGUGGCCCAGCCGGCAGGCUUGUUCCUUCAGCAUCUGAUGGGAACAUCUCCAAUGGAAGCAAAAUGGAAUGUGCCUCCCGGACCCCCAAAGGGCCACCCAACCUCACCAGUCACCAGCCCCAGACCACCCACAGCCCCGCCCAGACGCCCUGCCUCAUCUGGAAAUAGUGUCGUUUGUUUCUCUAAAAAGACUUUUGUAGGUGGGAAAAAAGAUAUUUUAUUCUCAUGGAACUGGCCUAUUGACAAGAUUGCAUGUUUUUUUAAUAAACGUUUUAUUUUAGAAUAAUCU